GCCUUCCUCGACACCUUCCUGGCGGCCAACUCCAUGCUCAGCAUGGCCGCACUCAGCAUCGACCGCUGGGUGGCCGUGGUCUUCCCGCUGAGCUACCGGGCCAAGAUGCGCCUCCGCGACGCGGCGCUCAUGGUGGCCUACACGUGGCUGCACGCGCUCACCUUCCCAGCCACUGCGCUCGCCCUGUCCUGGCUUGGCUUCCACCAGCUGUACGCCUCGUGCACGCUGUGCAGCCGGCGGCCGGACGAGCGCCUGCGCUUCGCCGUCUUCACUGGCACCUUCCACGCUCUCAGCUUCCUGCUCUCCUUCGUCGUGCUCUGCUGCACGUACCUCAAGGUGCUCAAGGUGGCCCGCUUCCAUUGCAAGCGCAUCGACGUGAUCACCAUGCAGACGCUCGUGCUGCUCGUGGACCUGCACCCCAGUGUGCGGGAACGCUGUCUGGAGGAGCAGAAGCGGAGGCGACAGCGAGCCACCAAGAAGAUCAGCACCUUCAUAGGGACCUUCCUUGUGUGCUUCGCACCUUAUGUGAUCACCAGGCUAGUGGAGCUCUUCUCCACCGUGCCCAUCGGCUCCCACUGGGGGGUGCUGUCCAAGUGCUUGGCCUACAGCAAGGCCGCGUCCGACCCCUUUGUGUACUCCUUACUGCGACACCAGUACCGCAAAAGCUGCAAGGAGAUUCUGAACAGGCUCCUGCACAGACGCUCCAUCCACUCCUCCGGCCUCACGGGCGACUCUCACAGCCAGAACAUUCUGCCGGUGUCUGAGUGAAGGACCACGCUCCUGCUGAAGGGUUUAGAAUGAGGCAGCGGUGAGAAGAAGGGAGGGAGGGCGUGGGGGCCCCUGGGUGGACACCACCAGCUGCCAGUCCCUGGCACACCCAGUGAUCCUGGUUCCCUGGCUUGUAGGGGCUCCAGAGCCUGCUUCCUGGUUCCUCAAGGGCAGACAUUGGACACUCACUAUUUGUCACCAAAGGAUGACUGUGGGCCGUGUGCUGGCCUUUCUUUCUAAGAAGCUCCUCUGAGCUCCUGAACUCACCUGAGGCUCCCUGGGGGAUGACACUCAGUUCUGUCACUGUCAAGGAUGCAGAGAGCUGAUGGUAGGUGGGGAGCAUGGUGUCCACCUGCCUGCUGACCACUGGGCGCUAUUCCAUGCUGAAGAAAAGUGACAGUCUCCAGGGGACAUUUCAGCCAUGUCCCUUCUGAAAGGGAGGCUGGCAGUGGUCAUUUGGCCCGGAUCUAACGUGGCACCUCGUCUCCACAGGGUAGUGACGGCUGCUUCAAUCCAAAUAUGAUUCAGCUGGUACUGACGACAUUGUGCCCAGCUGGGACUCUUGGGCUCUGUGCCUGAGGGAAAACGUUUCACAACUAGUGGCUGUCCAAUUGCUGCUGUCCAGUUGUCUUAGAAAUGGUCAAUUGGAUUCAACUUUUGUCCUCUCCUUCCCCCUAAAAGCGAAUGUUUGUGUGUGCAGACAAUCUUAGCAUGAAAAUGGUUUAAAUAGGCUGGUCCUACAUGUAUUAGGUUCUUUCAAGUUUGACUGGGAGGUCACCUUUUUCUGAUUUACAAGUCCUAACUGUUGGAGCUCAGUAAAGGCAGGAGGAAGGUGACUGGUUAGUCCCCCCCUCCC